AUCCGCAAUCAUGGCAGGGAAAAUAUUUGUGCGGUGUCGGAAAUAAGUCUGUUGUUUGUAAUGCAUUGAUAUUUUCCUCAGUUAACGCAACGCGGAAUGAAACCAAGAGGCAUGCAAAUAUUUUUUGGCUGCAGGGCUUCACUUUAUCCUUGGGCAUGGAUUUCGAAUUGGAAUGUCCAAAUGACGUCUAAUUUAUUCUUUCAGCCUAGAUAGAGUAGAGCAAAGUGCGUGGCUAGCAACUAGGAUAGCUUCUGUCUAUCCAGCUAACUUAAUUACUGUACUUUAAAAAAAAUAUAUAUAUAGAUAGUCUGAUACCGUUAUCUAGCUAACGUUAACUUUUUCCCAGUUUAGUCGGUAUUUGCAACUUGUCUGUGUCGAUGCCUCUCGACAGUCUUAAACAUUCUGCUAUUCUUUCAACUUUGUUUAAAAUGGCAGACGACAUAGAAUUGAUAGGAGCUUCUGAAUUUAUAAAAGAUCGAUUAUAUUUUGCUACCCUAAGAAGCAAACCAAAAAGCACUGCAAACACGCACUACUUCUGCACGGAUGACGAAUUUAUCUAUGAAAACUUCUAUGCAGAUUUUGGACCCCUCCACCUAGCCAUUCUGUAUAGAUACUGUUGUAAACUCAACAAAAAGCUGAAGUCCUUCACACUGACCAGAAAGCGAAUUGUACACUACACCAGCUUUGACCAGCGGAAAAGGGCCAACGCUGCUGUUUUAAUCGGUGCCUAUGCUGUCAUCUACCUGAAGAAGACUCCAGAGGAGGCUUACAGGGCUCUGAUCUCAGGCUCCAAUUCUUCAUAUCUUCCCUUCAGAGACGCCUCAUUUGGAAACUGCACAUACAACCUGACUAUUCUCGACUGCUUGCAAGGAAUCCGGAAGGCCCUGCAGCAUGGAUUCUUUGACUUUGAGACAUUUGAUGUGGACGAAUACGAGCACUACGAGCGAGUGGAAAACGGAGACUUCAACUGGAUCGUGCCUGGGAAAUUUCUGGCCUUCAGUGGACCCCAUCCCAAAAGUAAAAUAGAAAAUGGCUACCCUCUUCACGCUCCAGAAGCAUACUUCCCCUACUUCCGACAGCACAACGUUACCUCGGUCGUCCGGCUCAACAAGAAGAUCUACGAUGCCCAGCGCUUCACGGAUGCCGGCUUCGACCACUACGACCUGUUCUUUGUAGACGGCAGCACGCCAAGCGACGUCAUCACCCGCCGCUUCCUGCACAUCUGCGAGAGCACCGACGGAGCCGUGGCCGUCCACUGCAAAGCUGGCCUUGGGCGUACAGGCACUCUUAUAGGCUGUUACCUGAUGAAGCACUACCGCUUUACAGCAGCAGAGACCAUCGCCUGGAUCAGGGUCUGCCGACCAGGCUCCGUCAUCGGCCCUCAGCAGCACUUCCUGGAGGAGAGGCAAGCAGCCAUGUGGAUGCAAGGAGACGUGCAGCGUUCGCAGCAGAAGCAGCCGAGGGGCGUGUCUCGCCUCACCUCCAGCAUGGACGACCUCACCCUCAACCCCACCCUCACCACCAGCCCUGCUGGCAUCCUCAAGUCCCACAGCAUCGACCGCCUCCAAGAGAACGACUACAUUGGAGAGAACGGGCUCUGCAUGACCCAAGGAGAUAAACUGCGUGCCUUAAAGGGCCGGCGCCAGCCCAGGUUGGCCACAACGGGAGCCCUAAGACUUGAAGACAUGAAAAUGCACACCAGGUCACCGUCCCAACCUUUGAGCAGGAUGAACCUCGGAGUGGGCACUCAGGGCACCAUCUCCCCUCUCAAGUCCUCCAAAGUCCCAUCAUCCUCUGCUUCGGCCAGCGCCAAGAGAAUCGGCAGCAGCUCCUCCUCCUCGGCGUCCAACCUCAAGAGCUCCUCCAUCAACUCCAGGCUAGCCAGCUCCCUAGGCAACCUGUAUGCAGCCAACGGCGGUGAGGACAAUAAGAAGCCGCCUUUCGCUCCCACUUCAUCACCACACUCCUCUCCCCCCUCGUCCAUUGUCACCAUCACUCCAUCGGGCCGGACGGCUCCUGGUCCCCGCUACGUGGCUAACGGCACGCGUGGCACCAUUUACCAUCACCACGAGGCCAACAACAAUCAGUAUAAUUCCUCCCCCGCCGGGAUCUUCAGCCACGGUGGCCUCGCGGGGGCCCCACACAACGCUGCAGGCAGGUUGGGGCCCAGGCCUGAGGAGUAUGGCCCCUACAGAUCCCAAAAAGGGGGCUACUCCGGCCUGAGCGGAUCCUCUGGCCGCUACCUCAGUCGCUCAAUCCCCUCCCUUCAAUCUGAAUAUGUUCAAUACUAAAGCGGUGGUUCUGCGUUGACCAAGACCGGACAGACACCUUGACACUGAACCUCUGACCUGGAUGGGAUGGAGUCUCCCACCCCCUUUUUUUCUCUCUCAAUAUCUCCCCCACUCUCUCCCACAUACUGAAAGGAAAAUUAAUAAACCUUGGCAUCUGAAUGGGUGUGGUCUUUGGAGACAGGCACAUCGACAGCCACAAACUCCCAAGGGCUCAUGGAACUUUGAGUUUUGGGCUUCUUCUGUCAGCCUCAGACGGCCUCGAUCCACCCUAACUGCAGUCACUGUUUGGAUAAUGCUUACAAAGGGCGAUUUGUUUACCCAGCUUUUUUUUCUUUUUUUCUGGCGAGCUAUGAUUAGGCUUGGCCAGGCUGUGACUGUGAGUGCUCUUUCUUUAAAGCUGAGAUCUGGCCAUAUAGACUUUCCUGCAUCACAUAUCUCUGUUUUAUUUUAUAUGUUUAUGUGCUAAUACUGUGUACACAUGACUUGUACUGGGGGGGGGGGGAUUAUUAUUAAAAAAAAUAGAUGAGAAAAGAUUUUAUACAUGAAAUAUGACAAUUUAGAAAUGUUUAUUUAGAAGUGGGUUAAAGAACAUGGUUAUGACAAUUCUAUUUUUGUCUCUGAGUGUAACUACUUCACUAACAAUAUAUCUAGAUCAAAAUAUGUGAGAUUAAAGGAGAGGCGGCGUACGGUAUUUUGCGAGCCGUGUUCCUUAUCAACAAAGUAUUUACAGGACCAGGCUCAGGGUAAAGUGCUCUACUAUUUACGAUUGUGUUUUGUGCGUGCGCGAGGGUGUACGUCCGCGUGUAGUAGCAUGUACGUACCCAUAGACUAUGAGAAUAUGUACGUAUGUGAGCGAGUGUUUUGCGCGUGUGCAUGAAAGAGAUUGAGUGGUGACCGUGUGUGUAGGGGGUUGUCUAGAGAUCAUGUGUGCAGUCCUCUGGUGAUGGGCUCUAGAGAAGAGAUGUGAAUGGAAGAUAAUUGCAUAUAGGGAAGAAAUGAAUGCUGUCUCUUCACUAUUCUAAAAGUAAUUUUUUGUUUGUUUUUGAUUAAGUCAAUUCAAUCUACUGGGGGGUUUUGGUACCCCCUUGUUCUCCUCUGUCGCAAGCCUACAGGAGAUUUGCAUAUCAAUGGGACAACUAUAGGAUAAAUACUAAAGUCAUACCUGCAACCAGCGUUGUGUAGGCCUUGUGACUGUAUGUUUAGCAUGACGAACCAAACGGCUGAUUCCAACCGUGGUCAUUACUAGAGGACAUUUGAGUUGUGGUGGUGGUGGACUGACACCACCCACAACACAAGCCUCAGUCCCUACAGUAUACUGUUCAUGCCAGGCAGCUCAGAAACCCUCUCCACAGACACAGGAUCCCACUGCAAUCAUGCUCUUUUAAUGGGAACAUUUUUUAUUUUAAUGAGCAGAUUUUCAGUGUUAUUCAACCCACAUUGACUCGCUGUAGAUUACGAAACUUGAUUUUGUGGCAGCCUAUUUUAAACACACACACACACACACACACCCUACUGUAGAACCAAUUAUGUUAGUUGUUUUAUAAUUAAGGCGCAGUGGAAGUUCAUCGCUAUUACUGAAAUAUUUCCAUGUUGUGUGGCGUGUUUGUGUUGAAUGUAAAAACAAGUCAGAAACUGUUUUUCCUGGCUUGUGUGUAUUAUAAUUAGUCCAGCCUGUAGAUGGAGAGAACUUUUCAGCUUUGCAGGUAGAGGUUCCUUAAAAAAAAAAAAUGAAAAGCACAACUGUCCCCCAAAAAAAUGCUCUCUUUAGAAUGUCAUGCUGGAUGUCAUUGGGUGCACAAUGCAGCGGUCAUUAUCAAAGCUGGUUUUCUACCAAUGAGUACGGCCUACUAUGGCCCAACUAAGUACAUUUUCUGUUGGACCUUGUAACAAUGGAUCCAUAUAUUUGGAUGCUUCUUUUUUAUUUUAUGUAGUUGAAUAUUGAAGUUGAUUUGGGGAAGAAGAAAAAAAUGGGUACAGAAGCGUCUGUUUAUCACUGAUUUUAUCAUUUUUGUUAUUAUUCUAGACCUCUGUACAUUCCUGGCAGUGAAAUUAUUUUGUUUCAAAAUGGGAGAAUCUUAAUGCAGGUAUUCUACCUCCAUGAAAUGUAAAAUUUUAAUAGCAGAAAAGUUCUUACUUGCAUAUAUUUUUUCAAGCAGUAUGUAAAGAAAAUGUUAUAACUGUAGAUCAGUAUUUUUCAUACAGUAAGCAUACUAAAAUGCAAAUGUGUCUACUGUAUGUACACAGAGCAAAAAUAUAAACGCAACAUUUUAAAAGA